GGGACCAUGGACAUCGAAGCAUACUUUGAAAGGAUUGGUUACAAGAACUCAGUGAAUAAAUUGGACUUAGCCACAUUAACUGAAGUUCUUCAGCACCAGAUGCGAGCAGUUCCUUUUGAGAAUCUUAACAUGCAUUGUGGAGAAGCCAUGCAUCUGGAUUUACAGGACAUUUUUGACCACAUAGUAAGGAAGAAGAGAGGUGGAUGGUGUCUCCAGGUUAAUCAUCUGCUGUACUGGGCUCUGACCAAAAUGGGCUUUGAAACCACAAUGUUGGGAGGAUAUGUUUACAUAACUCCAGUCAGCAAAUAUAGCAGUGAAAUGGUCCACCUUCUAGUACAGGUGACCAUCAGUGACAGGAAGUACAUUGUGGAUUCCGCCUAUGGAGGCUCCUACCAGAUGUGGGAGCCUCUGGAAUUAACAUCUGGGAAGGAUCAGCCUCAGGUGCCUGCCAUCUUCCUUUUGACAGAGGAGAAUGGAACCUGGUACUUGGACCAAAUCAGAAGAGAGCAGUAUGUUCCAAAUGAAGAAUUUGUUAACUCAGACCUCCUUGAAAAGAACAAAUAUCGAAAAAUCUACUCCUUUACUCUUGAGCCCCGAGUUAUCGAGGAUUUUGAAUAUGUGAAUAGCUAUCUUCAGACAUCGCCAGCAUCUGUGUUUGUAAGCACAUCGUUCUGUUCCUUGCAGACCUCGGAAGGGGUUCACUGUUUAGUGGGCUCCACCUUUACAAGUAGGAGAUUCAGCUAUAAGGACGAUGUAGAUCUGGUUGAGUUUAAAUAUGUGAAUGAGGAAGAAAUAGAAGAUGUACUGAAAACCGCAUUUGGCAUUUCUUUGGAGAGAAAGUUUGUGCCCAAACAUGGUGAACUAGUUUUUACUAUUUAGGGUAAGGAGCAAAAUUGUUCUCCAUUGUUAUUUCAUAGUCUUAAACCUUCUAAACAUAUGCAAAUGUAUCCAUAACAGAAAUCACCCAGUCCAAUGCUGACCAACUAAUGACUUGUUGUAUCUUCUAUUUCCUAGAUUUUAUAAAACGAAAUCCUACUCCUCCUGUCAUUUCACCAAUAAAAAUAGCGUCAGUUAUACUUGAAUAAAAUAAAUAUAUUAAUGGAUGUAACAACAAUCCUUUCAAUAUUAAUCAACAAAAAUUACUUAAUGAAGAUGUGGAAAUCUUUGGAGCCAUAUUGACUUGUAGUAGAAGCCUCCCACCAUCAUUUUAUUGUUGAACUCACAUAAAAAGUGGUUGAAUAUGAAUAAUCAGAGAAUAGCAGGUAUAAAAUUCAGCCAGAAUAAAUCUGAUGUCCAUGGUUUACAAGAAACCACAUUCACAACUUAGGAUCAGAAUAAAGCAAAGAAGAAUGAGACAUCAUUUCAGAUUCAGGUAACUUACCAGUCCUCAAAACAGAACUCAAGCCAGUGCACCCGGGCUCUGUGAGUGGGUGCCAAGACAACGACAUGGCUUAGAAUUUCUUCCAGAGCUAAUUGUGCAGACGUAGUUCCUUUUACAUUGGAUUUUUUUCAAACUAUGAGAAUACUUUAGAAUUAUGCAAUUGAUUUAUACAUUAUAUAAUAC